CCAUCUCGUGCUUUGGAUGUCUACCCACGCACUGCUAGGCUAACCAUGAUCCCCGCAGUUGAUGGUCGCCUUGCUAUCCUCGCCGUCUUACCGAUUUCUCUUGUUGUCGUCACUGCCCUUAGGCGGUUCACUGAGAACAGACAGAACAAACUGUCCCUUCCUCCUGGCCCAGUGCCGCUCCCGCUAUUAGGGAACAUCUUAUCUAUCAACACUAAAGAACCUUGGUUGACUUAUACUAAGUGGCAUGCCGCUUAUGGGGACUUGGUCUUCGCGCGAAUUCUAAACCAGGAAGUAGUCGUGAUCAAUUCUCAGCGCGUUGCAGAAGCCUUACUGGACAAACGUUCUCGCAUUUACUCCGAUCGACCAUACUUAGCCACACUCGAGCCAUUUGGCUUGUCAAUCGACUUCGCAUUCAUAGGUUAUGGUGAUGAAUGGCGUCUUUGUCGACGAUUCUUCCACCAAACUUUCCGUCCCGAGUCUGCAGUAAGGUUUCUCCCAAUGCAAAUGAGACGGGCUCGUGAGAUGGCCGUCAAUCUCAUUCAUGAUCCUCAACAUUAUCAUUCCCACUUCGUAACAUUCUCAUUAUCUAUUGUAAUGUCAGCUAUAUAUGACUACCAGGCCAAUGAUCGUGACGAUCCUCUGGUUCGAGUCGUGGACAAUGCACUGGCUCCUGGCUUGGCUGUGUUGACCCAAGAGAGAGCAAUCUUGUUCAAUACUUUCCCCUUCUUGUUGAAGUCACCUGACUGGUGCUGGGGAUCCUCGAUCAAACGCGAUGCUCAGCUUUCGACCAAUCGCAUAACGGAAAUGAUGAACAUGCCAUUUCGAUAUGCGCAGCAGCACAUGGCCGACAACUGGUCCGCUGGGCAGUUGUCCAUGGUGGCAGAAAACUUACAACGGAUGGAGAAGCAAGAUCAAGCGUCCAAACCAAUGUUUGAGACUACCUUAAAGAAAGCAGCCACUACUGCUAUUAUAGGUUCAUACGAGACGACUCCUUCAACCCUGAUGGCUUUUGCUCUCGCCAUGGUAUCUUACCCAGAUGUUCAAAGGCGCGCACAAGCAGAGAUCGACUCGGUGAUUGGAAGUGAUCGCUUGCCUACGUUUGAAGAUAGAACAUCAUUGCCCUACGUCGAAUCAGUUCUGCGGGAGACUUUCCGAUGGCACCCUAUUGCACCUAUGGGUAUACCACAUGCUACCUCGAGUGAUGAUAUGUACGAUGGUUACUUCAUUCCAAAAGGAGCGACCGUGAUAUGCAACACAUGGGGCAUUUCACGCGAUGAGAAGCGGUACCCUGACGCAUCUCGCUUUAUGCCAGAGAGGUUCAUGGACGUCAAUGGUGCGUUGACGGAUGAUGACCCUGCGGAAUACGUUUUCGGCUUAGGCCGGCGCGGAUGUCCAGGCCGAUAUACUGCUGAUGCCUCUAUAUGGUCUGCUAUUGUGACGAUGUUGGCCACAGUGAACCUUUCUCCCGCCAAAGAUGACCAGGGCAACGUGAUCGAUUUCACCCCCAAAUUCUCAACGGGGCUCACUCAUACCACUAGGGUCUUCCCUUGCAGUAUUUCGCCACGUUCCCAUAUCCGUCCAGGACUUUUGGAUGUUUAAUGACCUCCGACCGGAGCAGUUGAGCGACAGUGAACAGCGAUUUAUGUGUAGAACGACGAAUUACAAUGUCAAUUCAUUGCAUGCAAUGUUGGUGGAGUUAUGUAAUAUCAUGUAGAACGCAGCUACAAGAAAGAUCCAAAGGACCAAGGGAUAGAUCUGAUACAGACAACGGGCACGUCUGUCAAUGCUAACUAACUCCGUUCGUCCUCAGCCUAG